AUGACGUGAGUAUGCUCAGUCAGAUUUCGUUGGCACGACAUGGUGCUGGUUGACUCACAGGUGCCUGCUUCUGCAUUCACCUCGCUUCACAGAUGGGCUUUGGUCUUUUCGACUAAGCUUGUCACCGUCUUGCCUCGCUCUCACGUCUUACGCCCACAAGCUUCUACAUUGUAUGCAUCAUGCGCCCAGCAGGGCAACGAGCAGCGCUUCAGCCAGCUCAAGCAAUGCUACACACAUCCUCCCAAGGUGCCUUUGCAAGAGGCGUGA